AUGUCGAUCCCAAGUCUGACUUCGGCACACAACAGCGGAACUACUAAUAUACUUGAUGAAGCCCAGCUGGCUGGAGUUGUCGAAACUAGUCUUGACCAGAAGGAUGUUGAACUUGGCGAGAACUCCAGUCGUACGCUUCGACUCAUGUCCUGCAUCGAACGAAGGGGACAUCCGGUAACGCUGCAUCAGGAGGUGGUUUCACAUAUAAAGGACGACAGGGAGCUCUUCCACGCACUGCGCCGUAUCUACCAUAAUCACAAGGGGAGAUUUGAAUCGUACUGGUCUCUACGGACAAUUCAUGCUAUCCACUUCAUGAAGUUCACUUACGGAGGCCACCCCUACAUCGACGUCCGCUGCCACAAUGAAAUCUGCGAGAAAGGGAAGCCCUGCAACUGCAUCCCUCCUCCAAGGCUUGUUCCCCCGAUGGGAGCGGAGUACGAGUGCUGCCCCGUACCUCCCAAAUUAUCUCCACCCGUUGGGCCGCAGCUGAUGAUGAGCCUGUUCAACGAUCCCGACAGUAUACAGUCAGGAGCCGCAUUGAUCAUGCAGCAGCUUCCCAAGAGAUUGAAUGGAAAGCUUUGUUCCCCGUCUUUCGAGCAAGCGGAAGCAUGGGGGAUCUAUUUACGAAGAGGGCUGGAAUUGGGCUAA